GAAAACCUUCUUCGCCUGUCACCUUCCUCAAAAUCCCCAAUCUCUACUCCAUCCCAAACCAGCCCUAACCAGAACUAGGGUUUUUGGAACUUCUCUCGUCGUUUCCCAUUCCAUCUGGAAAUCGGGGUUUCAUCUCCACCGUCGAUCAGCGAUGGGCCUCUGGGAUGCCCUUCUGAACUGGCUGAGAAGUUUGUUUUUCAAGCAGGAAAUGGAGCUUUCCCUUAUUGGCCUUCAAAAUGCUGGAAAGACUUCUCUUGUUAACGCAGUUGCAACAGGAGGCUACAGCGAGGACAUGAUUCCAACUGUGGGUUUCAACAUGCGGAAAGUUACAAAGGGAAAUGUGACCAUAAAACUUUGGGACCUUGGAGGGCAGCGGAGAUUUCGAUCCAUGUGGGAACGUUAUUGUCGUGGUGUCUCGGCAAUUUUAUAUGUAGUCGAUGCUGCAGAUAGGGACAGUGUCCCCAUUGCCAGAAGCGAGCUGCAUGAUCUGCUGAUGAAGCCAUCUUUAAAUGGGAUACCACUGCUGGUCCUUGGAAACAAGAUUGAUAAAUCGGAAGCUCUAUCCAAGCAAGCAUUGGUGGAUCAGCUAGAUCUGGGAUUGAUCACGGACAGAGAGGUUUGCUGCUACAUGAUCUCAUGCAAGGAUUCCAUCAACAUAGAUGUCGUCAUCGAUUGGCUUAUAAAGCACUCAAAAACAGCCAAAUAAGAGCACAAAAGGAUACCCUGAUUUGAUGGCUUUGAUUCGCUGUAGCACAUGAAUGCGGGUGGUGUGAUUUUGACUAUCCACGGUGAGGGUGACGAACAUGCGGCUGGAGCUCAUUUUUACAUUCUUGUUGUAUUGUUAGAAGUUUGUUGUACAUGACAUGACAGGACAGAUAUAUAUAUAUAUGUAAUUUUCUUUUAUUAGCAAGAAUAAUGCAUGAGCUCUCUCUCACUCUGUUUAUUAUUUUGUGGUUAUGGUAUCAGCAAUGUUGAUGAGA